AUGCAAACCAUGAGUCUUACCACAAUGGAGAUUGGUGACAUGAUUGAGAUAAACAGAGGUCAAUACAAACACUGGGCUCUGUACAUUGGAAAUGGAGAGGUCAUCCAGAUGGUAAUUCCAGAUGUGUUUUCAGCUGUAUUGAGUGCUUUCUCAUCCAGCUCAUCCAGUCUCUCCACUAAAGGCAUGAUUACAAUAGAUACAUUAGAGGAUGUGGCAUCAAUGGAUACUUACACAAUCAAGAACUACUUGGAUAACAAGUACACUCCAAGGCCGACUGACGUCAUUAUGGGGGAAGUGGACAAAAUGAGAGGCCGCACUUUAAAAUAUGACCUCCUUGGAAACAACUGCGAGCAUUUUGUUACUUUCCUCCGUUAUGGCAAAUCAAAGUCCCAACAGGCAGAUGACUUCCUGAAGAAUUUGUGUUAA